AUGGGAAAAAUAUGGAUGUUGUUUAUACACUCAUUGUUUCAGUUGUUUAUUAUUUCUGAAAGUUCACGUGUUCCUAUUUAUCAAGGAGAUAUAUUACCUCACCAUGGUCGUUGUGAACCAAUUACUAUUCAAUAUUGCCAACAGAUAAGGUAUAAUGAGACUAUUUUCCCAAACUUAAUUGAUCACGUUAAACAAGAAGAUGCUGGAUCUGAAGUUUACAGUAUUUUUACUCCACUUAUAAAAAAUAAUUGUUCACCAGAUUUAAAAGCAUUCCUAUGUUCAGUGUAUGCUCCUGUAUGCACCAUAUUGGAUACACCAAUACCUCCAUGUCGUCAUUUAUGCGAAAUAGUUCAACUUGAUUGCAAUGAACGCGUAAAACAUUUUGGAUUUCAGUGGCCUGACCAUUUAAACUGUUCAAAGUUUCCAGUUAAGACUGAUGAAAGUGUUAUGUGUUUUGGUAAUAAUAAUGUUUCUCAAGCAUCUCGUAACUCACAAGAACGAAGGCUUCCAAAAGUUGAAUAUAAAUCUAGCAUUGACAGAGACCCAGCUAAAUUACAUGGAGCUAAAAAUUUUGGGUUUGUUUGCCCUGUACAAUUUAAAAUACCUAAAAAUUUUGACUUGGAAUAUUCACUUAAAGUUGGAGAUAAAGUUGAGCAUGAUUGUGGGGCACCCUGUAAUGGAAUGUUUUUCAGCAAGGAUGAAAAGAACUUUGCUAGACUAUGGAUUGGUGUUUGGGCAACACUAUGUGCAUCCAGUUGCCUUUUUACAGUACUCACAUUUUUAAUUGACACUGAUAGAUUUAGAUACCCAGAAAGACCAAUAAUAUUUCUGUCUGUAUGUUACUUAAUGGUAGCCACUGCAUAUAUUAUUGGAUGGGGGGCUGGAGACAGUGUCAGUUGUCAAGGUCCAUUUUCAAUGACUGUGAGUGGAACAAAAUUACCAAAUAUCUUGGUUAUAACUCAAGGAACUAAACAUGAACCAUGCACAAUUCUGUUUAUGAUUCUAUAUUUCUUUAGUAUGGCAUCAAGUAUUUGGUGGGUUAUAUUAACACUAACAUGGUUCUUGGCAGCUGGUCUUAAAUGGGGCCAUGAAGCAAUUGAAGCUAACUCUCAAUAUUUUCACUUAGCAGCUUGGGCAGUCCCUGCAGUUAAAACUAUAUCAAUAUUGGCCAUGGGUAAUGUUGAUGGGGAUGUCUUAUCAGGAGUAUGCUAUGUUGGAUUAUGGGAUGCUGAAGCUCUUAGAGGAUUCGUUUUGGUCCCUCUAUGUGCUUAUUUAGUAUUGGGAACCAUAUUUCUACUUGCAGGAUUUGUUUCUUUGUUCAGGAUAAGAACUGUCAUGAAACAUGAUGGAACAAAAACAGAUAAGCUUGAGAAGCUUAUGAUUCGAAUAGGCAUCUUUGGUGUACUGUACACAGUGCCAGCUCUUAUUGUUAUAGCAUGCUUGUUCUACGAACAGGCUCAUUUUGAUUCAUGGAUGAUAACUUGGCAUCGUGAUAUGUGCUCCUCUCCAAAAUACUCAAUUCCUUGCCCAUUCACAAAGCAGGAAGCAGACAGACCAAAAUUUGAAAUGUUUAUCAUAAAAUAUCUAAUGACAAUGAUUGUUGGGAUAACAUCUAGUUUUUGGAUCUGGUCAAGCAAAACAAUAGUAACAUGGCGCCAAUUUUUUGACAAAGUUAAGGGAAGGCGUGUUGAAGCAUAUGUAUGA